CAAUAUGAUUAAUUUACAAUUCUGUACUACUUACAUUACAGCAUGCAUAAGUUUCAGAAACCCACUUUAAAAAUGAUGGUCAAAUGCAAUAGAUCAUCGUUAAGACAUGGUAAAAAAUUCUUUGUCCAUUUAUUCAGCUUCUUAAUGAUUUUAGUAGUAACAUUUUACAUAGAUAGGCUUUAGCAAGGUAUUGACAACAUUAUUUCUAUUAUACUUAAUUUUUAUGAACAUGCACACGCCUUCUGUCUCACGCAUAGACGCGCGUGCGAGCCUUUAAAAGUAUUUGGCUGCGGAAAGAUGCGUUCGGCGUGUGCACUGCGCACUAUCAAGUGGACUUGUUUUGUUUUCAAGCACUCAAUUCACUUUCGCAUGGGCUGGUGUACAGUACACACACGGUCCGUGCCAUCACAAAAAUUGGGCUGCACGCGGACGGGGAGAGCGGACGUCCGCGAACUCUCCUGAUGACCAAAAUUAUGCGAUGCGAACACAGUAUAGUAUACCUUGGUGUUAAGCCCGUAAUAGCGGGGGAACCAAUCCACCCAGGCCCACAUGCACGUGCAUACCUAGACGCUACUCCACUGUCCUGGUUGUAUUCCUGCGUGUGUGUCCGCUGCGCCUGUGACUCUUGAUUCGGGUGUGACAACGAUGCGUUAUAAAACGCAAAAGAGGAUUGUCUCGGGCCCCCCCCCCCCAUUGUUCGGGGCCCUGGGCUGCAGCCCAUGUUGCCCAUUAGGAUAACGCGGCCCUGACUCAUGGAUGCUUCACAAACUGGACACAGCACGAAAUGGGGUUUGUUAAAUAUCUGUCUUUAACAGAUACGGCUGUCCCAUCUCUGUACACCGUCGGUAACUCACAAAGUUUGACGGUAAGUGGAACUAGCGUCAAGCACUUCAAACACUGAAUAUCAUACAGGGCUGCCAACAUAACUUUGUCAUAUUAUCCAUAAUCAACUCAAAAAAAUAUUUUGGCGCGCGCACCAACAACCAAUUUUGACAUUUAAUAAUAAUGUACCUACUGAGAAAUUUCCCUGUAGAGUUUGCAAAAAUAUUUGAGAUUGUUUUUCCCUUGAGAAAAACUAUACUGUAUAUCCAAAUGAAACGAUAUUGAUAUCAAAAGGAAUAUAAAUGUCAAGCUUAUGAAUUUAAUUGUAAUUCUCGAAGUUGAACUCAAAAAUUGUCAGCCCUGCAUAAUCAUCUAUUUUGGCCUUGUGCCCAUAUCAUACUGCAAUGCAUUUUCUUUUACACAGCCCCUUACAAGAGAUGUGGCCUGUCAAUGUGAUGCUCCAUCUUUGAACAGUGUGUCAAUUCAAACAGAAACCCAAAAGUCGAAACGACGGAGUAAAGGUAAAGUUACAGGCUACUAGCUAUGUUUAUCGUAUUAGCUGGUAAUAGUCUUCUUGUGUUGUGUUUCAUGGGUUUGUUUGUCAAAUGUGUGUUGAAAAUUUCAGCUGUUCAAGUGAAGCCUUUAGGCCACUCUGUUGGUGUGAGUGUUGGCAUAGGUAUUGAACCUCCACAUCUCACUUCCACACCUAUUAAAAGGCCACGCAUGGAGAGCUCAACAUGCACCUCGAAACAAUGUUCAGAUGUCACCUAUGAGCCUGAUAUCUCUCAAGAGGGCAAUGAAAAGUCUGUUCACACUGCCUGCACAAAAUGCAGUGGAACAGCCAGCCACACAUACAGAAUACACCAGCUGGGAAUUUGCACUUGUCUGCAGCAGUAGCCUUCAAUGGUGCAUCAUGCAUACAGAUUCACAAGGUACUGUCAGCUCUCGGUGUGGAAUGUAUUUGUCCUAGGACCUUUUAUAAUCAUCAAAAGGCCUUUCUUCAUCCAACAAUCUACUGGCAGUGGAGGACUGAGCAAAACACAAUGUUGGAGAAGGCGAGGCUUUCAGGAAAGGCCGUUGUCCUGGGUGGUGACAUGAGGGCUGAUUCACCAGGACACUGUGCCAAAUAUGGAAGCUAUACAAUGAUGAACCUGGAUGAUAACAAGGUGGUGGACAUUCAGUUAAUCCAGAGUAAUGAAGUCGGUGGAAGUCCUCGCAUGGAACGUGAAGGUUUUUUGAGAAGCCUCCAGUUCCUGGAAUCAGCAGGGUUAAGGGUUGGUGCAAUCGUCACAGAUCGCCAUCCUUCUAUACAGAAAUACCUGAGGGAGCAGCGACCUGAGAUCCAGCAUUAUUACGAUACUUGGCAUGUCUCUAAGGGUCUCGCCAAGAAGAUUGAUGCACUUGGGAAAGAGCGCAGUUGUGGAGAGGUUCUGGCUUGGAGGAAAAGCAUCAUAAAUCACCUCUACUGGUGCGCAUCCACCUCCAAGACAGGUCAAGAGGCUGUGGAAAAGUGGAAGUCUGUGACUUAUCACAUGCAAAAUGUGCACCAUCAUAAUAGCGACUUAUUCCCAGUCUGCACCCACCCACCUCUCGAGAUGCGAGCUUGGUUGACACCAAGCACUAAAGCUUGUGAACGCUUCUGUGACUUGAUGUUGCACCAGCGGCUCCUCAAGGAUGUGGGAAAACUGAGCCGUCAUCGUCAGACCUCCUCAGUCGAAGGCUUUCAUAGCCUGAUUUUAAAGUUCGCUCCGAAAAAUGUGGCAUUCUCUUUUCUGGGAAUGUUGAACAGGUUGCUCCUAGCUGCGUUUCACUAUAAUGAAAAUGCAAAUCGUGAACCGUCAGUAAGAGUGAAAUGGCCUAAAUACAAAAAAGGGGAACAUUCCAUUCACUACGUAAAAACAGCACCAACCUACAACUAUGUGGAGACUAUGCUAAGACUGCUGUUUGAGGAGGUGGUCUUCAACCCUGGCCCAUACCAGGAGCUGAUUAAUGAGCUGAAGGUUCCAGACCACUUGUGUGCUGCCUUCGACAGGCCCGACCUGCAGGAAUCUGGAGCCAGACCCUGGUCACGUUUUUCUCAGAUGGAGCAGGAGCCGUUUUAGAUAGAUUGAUAGUGUGUAUGUGUCAGUGUCAUUUUGGUGUAAAAAGUUAUCUUCAAAAUGUAGUAAAUGAAUAAUCAAGUGGUA